AUGGCCACCACUCCGGGGGGCAGCCGUCUUGGAUCCGGACUAUCAUCGUUUCCUGCCCCGAGGCCGCCUUCGCCGACGCCCUCGUCCAACUCCACCCCGUUCUCCUUCAGCACCAGCACAGCAAAAUCCACAUUUCCUCCAAGUCUCAAUGUUCUGACUCCUUCAGGGACAGUGUCCAACGGCUUCCCUACGUCAGGCUCCCACGCCAGCAACUCCCACACGACGCAGACGGGUGGCCCAUUGUAUUACUCGGGCCACAUGACCGGCUCUUGGCCAACGCCAGGGCUCUCCCAGCCUUCGGCGUACACAUACGGAAACUCGGGCGCCGGGGCAACUAGCUCGGGAAACCUUGCUCAACCCCCUUACAACCGAACACCGACAUCAUAUGGCUCAGCGCCUUCGCCCUCCCACCAGCACUUUCCUGGUCGUGCCUCGUCGUCAGCACCGAAUGGGGAGAGCUUACCCGCACCACAUCCUUACCAGAGCCAGCAGAACUUUUCGAGUCCGGUGGGAGCUGGCAGUCAUGAAUCUGGGGGAGGAAACGGCCUCGGUUCCCCGCUUAGUGGUCAGGGGGGGAAUCAGUCCGGACUCGGCCAGUCUAUGCUCGGGAACCCGUCUCCGGAUACAGCACGUCAAGGACAGCCGGGGCAAGCUGGAACACAAGACAGCGGGCCUUACCGCCCGCCCACCUCGCCAUAUUACCCUCACACUUCAGCGCCACAACAAUCUGGCUUCCCCUCUUACAGCUCGCCUCUCACUCAACCAUCGCCAACAACCUCUUCGACCAUGCCUUCCGGAUCAGUCCCCCGCGGCGCGCCCUCAACCCCAGCGAUGGUCCCACCAAUGCAAUAUCCAGGUGGACGCACCCAUUCAGUUGCGCCCAUGGCUUCGUACCCCCCUUACAGUCAGGUUCCGGGGCCAGUGAUGAGCAACAUGCACCAUCCAGGCGCGCCGCUGGCUAUGGUCGGCGGGAUGUCAGGGUUAUCCAACUACAACAACCACCCCGGGAUGUCUCACCAUCCACAUCCCCUCUACGUCCACCACCCUGGCGGGCCCGCACCGCAGUCAGAACGUCCUUUCAAGUGCAACGAGUGCCAGCAGGCCUUUAACAGGAAUCACGACCUGAAAAGGCAUCAACGGAUACACUUGGCCGUUAAGCCAUUCGGGUGCCCUGACUGCGAGAAGAGGUUCUCAAGGAAAGAUGCCCUCAAGCGACACAAGCUGGUUAAAGGGUGCGGGAAUGGGGCUUCACCUCCCGGGGCUGGCAACGCCACGACGGGCGGCAGUGAGAAUACUUCGGACGAUCGCAGCACCACUACCGCCGGCGGAAAAAGUGAUAGUCCCACAAUGAUUAAGAAGGAGGCUUGA